AACUGGUUUGGCCGCAGGACGUGACGUUGUGUGUGCAGUCGGAAGGCAGCUGUUGAAGGAGCUGCAGGGUAAAAACAGGAGCUUCAUCCAGUGCAGAGCCCAGAAACAGCGCGGAGAUGGUCUGCUCAUCCUGGGACUGAGAGAGACUGCCCUCCAGCCUGGACAGGCCCCUCUCAUCAUGGCGUCAGAACUUCAUGAAACAAUAUUUACAGCCAAGCAAGAGCGGCACAAGAACCUUUUCCUAAACUAUAGGAACCUGAACAUCUUUCCUGUGGAGCUCCUAAAGGAUGAAGGUUUACAGUUCCUGGAACGGCUCUACAUGAAGAGGAACUCCCUCACAACACUGCCUGAAAAUCUUGCACAGAAACUCCCUAAUCUGAUAGAGUUGUAUCUGCACUCGAACAACAUUGCCAUCAUUCCACAAGCUAUUGGGAACCUGGUUAAACUACAGUCUCUGGAUCUGAGUGACAAUGCGCUGCAAGUGAUCUGUCCUGAGAUCGGCCGGCUAAGGUCAUUACGGCAUCUGCGUCUGGCCAACAACCAGCUGAAAUUCCUUCCACAAGAACUGGGUGAUUUGAAGGAGCUUGAGACUCUGGAUGUGUCCAUGAACCUCUUGAGGACUCUUCCUGAGCGACUCGCCCAGUGCCUGUCUCUGCAGUGCUUGACUGCUGACCGCAACCGGCUGCACUGCAUCCCCCGGCAGCUCUGCCUGCUGCCUGACCUCAACGAGCUCUCCAUGGCUGCCAACUGCCUGACCUCGCUGCCCCUGGAUCUGGGGCGGUCCAUGGAGCUGCAGUUUGUUUUUGUGGACAACAACGUCCACCUCAAGGGCCUGCCGUCUUACCUGUAUAACAAAGUUAUUGGCUGCAGUGGGUGUGGUCUGUCAUCGCAGGUGUCUGAUGAGAAACAGCUGUCCCUGGCCCUCGGAGAUCUAAGUGUUCCUCUGCCUUCAGAGGUGAAGUUUAUCGGUUCAGAUUCUGACCGGGUGUUGACCCUGGAGGAGAUGGCCAUGAGGACACUGCAUGCAGCCCACAUUCAGCCCAGGAAAGACUCUCAGAAGUUCUUGUCUCCUUUCCUGCUGCCAAACAGUCUACUGGACCUUCUGCAGUGUCCCCUGGGCCACUGCCAUCGCUGCAGUCAGCCUAUGUUCACCAUUGUCUACCCCAAGCUUUUCCCCCUCAGAGAGACUGCGCUGGCGGGAGUACACAGAAGAACAACAGUGAGUUUCGUGGCGUACUGCUGCUCCAGCCAGUGCUUGCAGAUGUUUGACCUGCAGAGCUGAUGAGUGUCUGGACCCACCAUUCCCCAGAUCCGCCAGCAUGGUGCUCUCCUGCUCCACUGGGAGAAUAUUGUGAUAGACUUGAUCUACACUGAACUGAUAUGAAGUACCUGAAAACUCAACAUCCACUACAGACUAAGAAUGAACCAAGCCCCUGUCUGAAGACGCCCGAGUGUAUAGUGGUUUAUCAGUUACUGACGUUUAUCAGACGGGAUGUAUUUUUUUUUAGAUAUCUUCCAGACUGAAUGUUAACUAAGAGAAAUCGAUGAAAUCUUUUAUUUUAUUUAACUGGAACAAACAGGAGCUUUAGAGUAUUUUUCAUCUUAAUAUCACCAAACAUCUAGAAAGGUCAGAGAUGUUCACGUAAGAAGUAUUUUCGAAUAUUGAAGAGAUUUUUUUAAAAAGAGAAUAUUGAAAAAUAUUACUGAAAUAUUUAUUCUUCAGAAUAUUUGUCUCUGUUUUGGAGAUAACAAAGAGUGGAAAAUGAAGAUCUGUAUCUGUCUUGACAGAAUCUAAAAUAACAAAACAUAUAAAAACAAAUAUAAAUUAUAUUAGUUUGCUAAAAGAGACUAAAAAACAAAAACGUAUGGAUCACACACAUACAGGCAGGUUAUUAAUACAAUAAAUUGUCAUUUUAAUGUAAGUUAAAUGUUUAAAAGACUGUUUAAAGGAAUACUCCAGAUGUUUUUUUAGACUAAUCUCUGUGUGCUGCAUCUAAACACUGAAAUAUGUAAAUAACCUUUUUUCUGACUAACUCAGAAAGCAGCCCAGGAUGAAACCCUCCUUAUAACUUCAUUCAGUGUGAAUGGACUGGGCUAAACUUUAGCACUGCAUACCUUCUAAAGGAGGACAAGUAAGGAAAUGUAGUUUCUCCAUGGUGAAAACUCUUUACCUCGGUUCUCAGUUCAUUCUCUGAUCCUCCAAGUUCUUUAGCAGGGUUCCCACCUGUGGUAAAGUUCUAGUGGGUAAAGUCUCUAAAUUAGGGAGAAAUUGUGGGAAAAAACACAUUUUCCAGGAAAUUUCCAUGGCUUCAGUAUAUGACAGCAUACAUACACUAAUCAUCUCAGUAUAAAACAUGCAGUUUCCCAGAAUCUCCAGGAUCCACAUUUUUAGCAACUUUUUAUGUAACAUUUCCUGGAGUUUCUAUGAUUAUAAAAACAGUUUUUGACAAAAAUACAGAUUAUUUUUUUCAGUAAAUGUUUACUGACACAUUCAUAAUCUGCCAAAUCGCUUCUAUUAUAGGUGAUUUUGCUGAUUGCAGGUUUUCUGUUUUUAUGUUUAUAGAUUGUUGUUAAAAUUAUUAUCUGGGCAUAAGUUGCACUAUGAAAGUAGCAUAUAGAGAUUAGACUGAAGAUUUCUGCAGUGUUUGAACUUCUGGUCCAUGUCUGCACCCAGUGUGGUUUAACCAUUCAGGCUUCUGUGCAGUUUAAAUCUGUGACUGUUUAGUUUAUCUGUCUAGCUGAUGAUGUCGACAGUGUUCAACAUUGUGGAGAGUGAGCUGUGUUGAAUGAUAUACGUCAUCGCUUGUGGACAGAAGGCUGUGUCUUUAAAGUAAUGUCUAGUUUUCUGUAGGCAUGAAAAUGUUCAUUAAAUAAUUCUAACUGUUCUAA